AUGAAAGCCUGUUUGACCUGCCUCGCGGGGUCGAAACUGUGGCUCGUCGUCGCGUCCAAGCCGGGGCUCCGAGGCACACUGGCACACUCCUCCUUGCAGGUUCGCCACUUCAAGGCAAGCCACAUUUCCGAUUUGCUUCCUCUGGUAAUUAUCCAAUGGCAUACCUCGGACACUCGGGAUGGUAGAUCAAAGUGGCACAGUGGGUAUGCCACGGGAAUGAUCGAGCAUGGACAAGAGGGAGAUUCCAUCUUAAUUAGUGGAUUACAAGGGCCCAACUAG